UGCACGUAAUACUAGCCGUGUCGAUAUGAUAGGACUAAAGUCUAAAAGUCCUCGUGGGUGUGUGACAAAAUUUUACUUUGCUUGUACAUCUAUUCAUAUACCUCGUUUGUGCUCGUAAGUUACCUUUGUACCGCCGACGAGGUGCCUAUGGCUUAUCUAUGGUGUAUGAUAAAAACAAUUAGAACUUGAGUUUUUAAUACUUUUUCGGUGUAUUGUGCAUAAAACAAUAUGGCAGAGGAAAAACGAAAAAUUUCACCAUGGUUACAAUACAUAUUGGCCAUAGAUAGGAAGCUGACUGAAAAUUUUGUGCAAUUUGUAGAAAAAUCUGUACAGAUAUCUUGUCAUGGAGUAACGUGGAUUUUUAUAUUGCUUGCAUCUAUUUGGAUUUUUCAUAGUAAACGAUUGUACCAAAUACAGGUCAAUUUAUUAAUAGGUAUAUUGUUGGACAUUAUCAUCAUUGGUUUAUUGAAAGCAUUUGCUAGAAGAAGACGUCCUGCAGAUAAUGAUGACCCUUUUGCAAUAGGAUCUGAUAAAUAUUCUUUUCCAUCUGGUCAUGCGUCCCGAGUGAUGAUGAUAUUUUAUUUUUUUAUGUACUUAUGGCCUGUGUCUGUAAUUUGUUUCCCACCAUUAGUAGCAUGGGUUAUUGCUACACCUUUAUCAAGACUUUUGAUGAGAAGACAUUAUAUUCUUGAUAUUUUAGCAGGUUUAUUUAUAGGGUACGCUGAAGGAAUUCUUAUGAGCAUUAUAUACUUAGAUUCUGAUACAUGUCAGAACUUUGUCUCUUGGAUAACCAAUGUAAGAGUAGAUGAAUUAUAAGGAUUCUUUUGGAUUAUAAUUUAUUAUUUUGAAAUAAUUCAAUUUCUAAUCAUUUGAAGUUAAUAAAUUAUUAUGUAAUGAGAAAACAUACAUUUUGUUUAACAUACAAAACUUUUAAAAACAUUUUAAAACCACAGAUUUGUGAAAUAGGCUUACACUGACUAUUGUAUUAUAAAAUAAAAAUAAUAUUUUGUACC